AUGAAGCCAAAUAAAUUAGAAAAAAAAAUAAACACGGCACAAAUUACCAAACCAACAAAUUUUUUGAGCCGUAAUGCUCCACAACCAGUUUUUUUACUUAGACCUUUUCAAUAUUCAACACCAAAUAAUCAAUAUUUGAAUCGACCAACUACUAUUAUUCGACCUAUACUUUCUUCAAAUGUUAAUUUACCAAUCGUUCGACCACCAUUUGUACGACAAUUUCUUCGACCACCAAUCGUUCGACCUCUCUCACCAAGAUCCGUAAUACGUGAAAAUUCAUUUAAUGAAGUUGAUCCAAUUACUAUUCAAAGAAAAACUCCUAUUAGAAUAUCACCAUCAAAUGAAUCAUCAUUAUCUAUUCCAACAUUAUCAACAAUUAAUUCAAAUCAUGAAGAAAUUCAAGAAAAAAAAUCAUGUUGUUAUUGUUUUCCAUGUUGUCAACAACAAACAAUAAGAUCUUCAAAAACUAAUAAUUAUUCAAAUUUUACAUUCAAUACACGAACAAUUUGUAUAAUUAUUAUUCUUCUUUUUAUCUUUUUUCUUAUUGUCAUUAUUCUUCUUAUUGUCUUGAUUGUUGUUGUUCAUCGUUAG